GCUCUUUAUUAUCUGUGAGAUGCCAAUGUUUUAUUAUGUUUGGGCUUCAUCAUCAUAUUCUAUUUGAUAACGUAAAUAUUAUAACAUACAACGUGUUAUAGCCUUUGUAAGUCCUGUUUAAAUGUUUAGUUUAUAACUUCUAGAUGGACAUUUUUAAAGGGUGGAUGUAUCUUUAAGAAUAUUACCUGUCCAUACUACAGUGCGCUCGCAGUCUGUCGCGAAGCCAGAGGGUUUGCUUGAACGUUCCAAAAAGUGGAUGUUUAGGAGACUUCUACAGAACGGCGUGGAGACAACGUCCUGUCGCUUCACUGCGCCGACACUUUACUGUAGAUAUGGAAGGAGAUGCAUAACUGUAUAUUAAGACGUAAACCGUAAUAUAAUAAGAUACCAUCUGACUGCUGUGUCCGUGGGAAUUACUUCGUAAUUGGGGGAUCAUCAUAUUCAUUCGGGUUUCUUUUGCUUUGGAAUUCCUGAUCUGUUCUCGAUGCUCUUGACAUGAUUUCCACGGCAGAUUGUUUUUUUUAACCAUGUCUUUUAUAAUUAAUUUGGCAAUCUGCUAAACUUUGGGGAGAGCAUACAAUAUUCUGUCUUUCGAUCACUUUGGAUACUGCGAGCUAUGUUGCCUAGAUGUUACAAGAGACCAAUGUUUCGUUCUUUUUCCUGGAAACAAUCUUACCGCUCUUAUUGAAAACAAAUGUAAAAGUACAAUGAUAAAUGUAUACUGAAACCAAGGGAUUAUACACAGAAGGACGGAGGAGAAUGGCUUCGAAGGAGAGGUUGAAUGAGCUGUGGAUUUUAUAUUACACCAAGAAAGAUGAGGGCUGCCUGCAGCAGUGGCUGGAGGCUUUUGUGGCUUCCUUUGAGAAGCUUGUUGAUGUGCAGUCACUGGAGCAUCGCAGGCUGGAGAACUAUAUUGCGGAGGUUCCCCUCGUACCUAGGGACGUGCUGGUGUUCUUCAGUGACCAGCUAUCGCACAGUGCCAUUCACCUCUCUGGGGGUGACAGUAACAACAGCACCAUGCACCCCUCUGGGGGCGACAGUAACAACAGCACCCUGCACCUCUCUGGGGGCGACAGUAACAACAGCACCCUGCAACUCUCUGGGGGCGACAGUAACAACAGCACCCUGCACCCCUCUGGGGGUGACAGUAACAACAGCACCCUGCACCCCUCUGGGGGCGACAGUAACAUCAGCACCCUGCACCCCUCUGGGGGCGACAGUAACAACAGCACCCUGCACCUCUCUGGGGGCGACAGUAACAACAGCACCCUGCACCCCUCUGGGGGCAACAGUAGCAACAGCACCCUGCACCUCUCUGGGGGCGACAGUAACAACAGCACCCUGCACCUCUCUGGGGGCGACAGUAACAACAGCACCCUGCACCUCUCUGGGGGUGACAGUAACAACAGCACCCUGCACCCCUCUGGGGGCGACAGUAACAACAGCACCCUGCACCUCUCUGGGGGCGACAGUAACAACAGCACCCUGCACCCCCUGCUGCUUAUCAAGUUCUUCAUUAUCGUCUGCAGGAAUAUGGAAAACAUUGACCCAGAGAAGACCCCAGGCUAUGUCUUCGAGACCAUUAAACUGUUAAACUUCUGCUUGACUCAGCUGAAGAAGCAGCCUGCGGAUCAGUCGUCCCUCCAGACAGUGAUUCAGUAUGGCCUAAUGCUGUUGGAGAGUCUCUUUGACCCUUAUAAUACAUGGAGGAGACGCCUGGCAGGGGAGGAGGUGAGCAUGGUGGAGAGGAGCAAGUAUAAGUUCUCCCCUCUCCCCUUACCAGAGGAGCUGCCUGCUCUAUUCCAUGACAGCCUGCAGGACAGCCAGCAGAUCCCAGAGGUCCUCACUCUCCGAUUGGUCCAUCUCCAAGGGGCUGUCAUCAGUGGCAGCAAGAAGAACGGCCUGCUCUCCAUCACCCUGCAGUCUGUGGAGGACCUUCUUUCUGUACUCAGAGCCUGGUGCCUCCGGACCUCCUCCAACCCCAAGGACCCCACGCUGCUACGGCUGACCCUGCAGUGCCUGACUGCAAUGGUGCAUAUCCUCCACUCCAGUAGCCCUGCAGAGCGCCGGCUGGAGAUCAGGACCGUGUUGGAUGGCUACUUCCAGGUCCUGAACUGGAACCGGCCUCCAGGGCUAGGGAACGAGCAGGAGGACGGGCAGAGCUGGGAGGAACACCUCAUCACUCUCCAGAGUCACAUGCUGACUUCGGUGCCUGAGAUCCUGCAGUGUUCAGACAGGCCGGUGCUGCAGGCCAUCUUCCUCAACAACAACUGCUUCGAACACAUCCUCCGACUCAUCCAGAACAGCAAGCUCUAUCACAGUAAGAGGUGUAGGUCGGAGCGUGAGGGGGUGUGUGACCUCACCACACGUUUGCUCACGGACACAGAGGUGGAAGUGGACCAGGUUUUGGAGAAAGGUUCCGACUGCAUCACAGUCCAUGCCCUCGGAGUCCUCACAUCCAUCAUGAGUAACUCCCCUUCUGCCAAGGAGGUUUUCAAGGAGAGGAUCGGCUACUCCCAGCUGUUUGACGUGCUGAAGAGUCAGGGUCAGCCCACUAAACGCCUGCUGCAGGAACUCAUGAACAUGGCGGUGGAAGGGGAGCACGCCCACGCCCAUCACCUGGGUAUCAGUAACGACCAGCCCCUCCUCCUCCUCCUACAGUGGCUGCCUGACCUGGCCCCCCAGAGGGACCUGCAGCUCCUGGUAGCCCAGUGGCUGGCUGCGGUGUGCGGGGGCUCCCUGUCCUGCCGUACGGUGGCUGUGGAGGCCGGCCUGGUGGGGGCUGUGCUCCAUGUCCUCUCCCAGCCACAGAGACUGGACCGUCAGUGUGCCGACGGCCUCCUGGGUAUGUUACAGGACAUGGGGUCUCUCUGUCUGAGGCCUGCUGAGCUGAAGUCUCUGUUGAGGCUGCUCCGACCCCUCCACCAGGGGCAGGACGUGUUGGCAGGGAAGGGGGCGGGGACACACCCUUACUGCGCCCGCAUCAUCCGGGUGCUGGCGGCGAUGGCGGCCAGGGAGGGGAGGAACAGCGCCCUGCAGUAUUUUGACCUGACCCAUCCCCUGGCAGGGAUCAUGGUGCCCACGGUCCAGCGCUGGCCAGGCAGUGGGUUUUCCUUCCACGCCUGGCUCUGUCUCAACAUGGACUUCCCACAAUACCACUCCACGCCUAGCGCCCGCUCGUCUGCUGGGGCACCAGGGGCAGCAACCCGGGGUAUGGGCAAAGGCCCCCGCAGGAAACAGCUGUACAGCCUGUUGACAGCCGGCGGUACAGGUUUAGAGGCUUUCUUCACCAUGGAGGGAGUGUUGGUGGUGGCUGUCUGCACUAAGAAAGACUACAUGGUCGUGUCCCUGCCAGAACACCCUCUAACAGACUGCUGCUGGCACUCUGUGGAUAUAGUCCAUGUUGCCGGCCGCCGUCCCUUCGGUCAGAAUCUGGUCACCAUCUACAUCGAUGGAGAACAGCGCAAGACAGCCCAGCUCCGAUUCCCCUCGCUCAAUGAGCCUUUCACCUCCUGUUGUAUUGGCUCAGCAGGCCACCGUACCACCACCACCACCACCUCCCCCACCCUGCCUCCCCCCUCCCUCCACCCGGCAGAGAUGGGCUUCCCCGCCCACGCCCCCCCCAUCACCCGCUCCCAGUCCUUCCCAGCCUCCUUUGCGGCGGGCCGCUGGGGGCCUGGGCCCCUGCAUGACGCUCCCGUCCACACCAUCCCCGCCGGGCUGCAGGACACGGAGUGGGGCACGCCCACCUCACUGGACGGGCUCCUGGGGACCGCCUUCAUCUGUCAUGAGGCCCUGCAGCCAGCGCACAUCAAGGCCCUAUACACUGCUGGCCCCAACCAUGUGUCCCUGUUCAAGGCAGAUGGAGAGCUGUCGGACCUCAACAGUAAACUGCUUCUCUACUACACUCCUCAGGCCUUCAAGAGUCAGAUCUGUGUGGACCUGUCUCCUAACCACCAGUAUGACGGCAGACUGACAGGCCACAGGGUGGUGAACUGGGACAUCAAGGAUGUGUUGAACACAGUGGGGGGCAUGGGGGUUCUACUGCCCCUCCUGGAACAGGUGUGUGAGGCAGAGCAGGCGGAGGGAGGAGGUCAGGAGACGUCAGACCUGCUGGGUCCAGAACUAACCUGUAGCUCCUCUCGGGGGCCUGUCGGCAUGCUGCUGCCACUGGGCAAGUCCUCCGAUGGUCGGCUGGAGAGGAACAGUGUAGCAGCCUUCCUGCUGAUGGUGAAGAAUCUGAUUCGUCAUCACCCAGUCAACCAGGAGAGCCUACUGAACUGCCACGGACCCAGCAUUAUAGGAGCCAUGCUCACUAAGGUCCCAGGUAGUAUGAUGGACAUGUCUGUUCUGAUGGCGUGUCAGUUCCUGUUGGAGCAGGUAUCCAGUGAGGAGAACAGUCCGUUGCUCCUGCAGCUCUACCAACACCUGCUAUUUGACUUCCGCAUCUGGAGCAACAGCCACUUCGCUGUGUGUUUGGGCCAUGUCCAGUACCUGUCGUCGGUGAUCAAGGACAGGAAGCAGCGCAUGAGGAAGAAGUAUGGAGUGCAGUACAUCCUGGAUACCAUACGGACACACUACAGCGUGGAGAAAGAUGGCAGUCCUCUGUCUGAUGAAAAGCAGACUGUACAGAUCUCUCUGUUCUCUCUGCUGAGAGACUUCCUCCUCAAGUGCCCUACUCCUGAAGAGCUCCACAGCAUCUUGGCCUACACACUUUCUAUAGGAGAGGAGCAGCAGGUGGUGAGUGCGUUAGAUGUGGUUUACAGUCUGUUGAGGAGCAGCCCUCUCAGAGAGCAGGUCCAGGCUGUACUGUUGGAGUGGGGAGUAGAACAGCUCUACUGUCUGCUGCUCAAACCCAGCUUUGGAGACGAGGUCAGAGAGAGAGUCUUCAGGGUUCUGUACAAGAUCCUGAAGAGUGAACGAGUGUCUGAGCGCGCCAAGCAACGUGUCAAGUUGAAGGAUUUUGGAUACCUGGGUCUUGUCUGUUUCCUAGGAGAUGUCCCCGUAACCAUGACCACCGUGCGCUGUCUGUACGAGCAGGUCCUCGCUACAGAUGCCACUCCUAACUUCAGAGACCUGCUGGCUGUGGUCCAUCUGUCCCACCGUGCUGAGCUCACUGUCCGUCUGGAUGUCUGUCGCAAGCUCUUCUACCUGAUCUAUGACAAUGAGGACUAUGUUCGUCAGCUGGCCCGCCAGCCAGGCUGGCAGGAUGUGUUAACUAAGCUCUAUAUGAAGGAGUCCUAUGAGUCUCGUGGUCCCUCCCUGGCAGGCUCCAGCACCCACAGCUCCCUGGACCCCUCCUCCUCCCGCCCCCCUCUCAGGAGAGAUCACAGCAUGGUCAUAGAGGACUCUCAGGACACUCACACAGACGUCUUCCUCCCUUACACCUCGCCGGACGAGGAAGAGGAGGAGGAGGAGGGAGACGGCGAGGGCCUGGGAGGGAGGAAUAUCUCCGAGGGUUUCUCCGACCUCUCUCGGUCUUCCCCUAACAGCAGUGGAGGCACGUUGAAGGACUUUGCCGACUCUCUCCAAUUUAAGUCGUUUGACUCGGUAGAGCAGGGGAGCCGCUCGUCCUCCCUGUCCAACACCAUGGACAUCCCCUCCACCCGGCCCCAAGAGGAGGCUCUCUACCACCCUCUGUCCCCCUUCGGCACCUCGCCCUUUGAGCUGGAGCUGGUGGGAAUGAGGGGUGAGACGGGGACAUGGAACCACAACCAGGCAGGCACCCCCUCCCCCCUGGAGCACAGCCGGUCGUUCCCCUCUCUGAGACCCAGGAAGAGCUCCAGUCUGUCCAACGUGCUGGACGACACCAACUAUGGAACUGAUCCCCGGGCAGCUGACACCAUCUCCAACACCUCCAACCCACAGCAGACGCCAGAGGAGGAACUGUGUAACCUGCUGACUAACAUCGUGUUCUCUGUGCUGUGGUGCGGCAGCGGGUCGGAGGGGGGGGAGGACGCCGUGUGGAGGGAGAGGGGACAGGUCUUCUCUGUCCUCACCAAGCUGGGCUCCUCCUGCCAACUGGUCCGCCCGCCUGACGAUAUCAAAUGCAGUCUGUUAGAGAUGAUGCUGGAGUCUUCUCUGUCAGACCUGAGGGACUCUCAGGGUGUCUCUCUACCAUACUUCCCCAGUCUGCUGCGUCUCCUCAGGCUGCUCCAGGACUUCCUGUUCUCAGAGGGAACAGACAACCAGGCUCUGUGGAGCGAGAAGAUCUUUGAGGGGGUGGUGAACCUCCUGGACAGACUACAGGCGUGGCACAGCACCCCUGGUACCCCCGGGUUUCUGGAGCUCAGAGAGAUGGCUCAGAUCGGCCUGCGCAUCAUCACCGGCUACAUCCAGCAACAGGACUCACAGGUGUCUGUAAUGGCCUGCGUUAAACUCCACAGCCUCCUGCAGACAGUUCUGUCUCUGGGCUGGGACGAGGUGUGCUUCCUGCUGGGGCGACUAGGUGCCCCCCUGUGGCCCGGCGGGGUAAUGGAGGCGGGGCCCAACGGAGGACACACGGAGACCUUUUCUCAGCUGGUGCCCAUCGUGCGUACCCUCCUGGACCAACACGCUGACCCCGUGACCCUGCACGGCCUGCUGCCCAGCCUGCCAGUCACCAACGGCAGCCCCACCUUCGCCCAGGACCUCCAGAGCUACAGCCACACAGUAGAGUGGUUGGACUUCUACCAACGCCACGUGCAGCCCACCAUGGAGCAGUAUGAACUGGAUCAGUUUGGGAAGAGUCAUGACCUCAUGUCUAACUUCUGGAACUCGUGCUUUGAUGACCUGAUGAGCACUGCCCUACGGCGGGACAAGGAGAGGACCUACAGCAAAGACAAGUUCCAGGAGGUGAUAGUGGACCCGUACCUGAGGCGGGUACGCAGUGAAAACAGCCGUUACCACAGUGGUCAGAAACAGAGCUCCGGCCAGCAGGGAGUAGUGUGGCGCCACUGGAAGUCCCUCCGCAGGCUGCUCACCAGCGAGAGAGGGGCCUGGGCACACAGAGUCCCACUAGAGGUGAAAUGGAAGUUGUCCAGUGCGGAGACGUAUUCUAAGAUGCGUCUGAAACUAGUGCCUAACUACCAGUACGACACUCACCAGGAAGCCAGCGCCUUCAGAGACAAUAUGGGAGCUGAUAGUCCUCGCAGUUCAGAACCUCUCCCAUUGGCUGUUGCCAAGGAGGCCAAAGUGAGUGACAUGGAGGAUGACCAGUUAGGAGAAGAGGACAUUGUCUUUCUGGACAAUAAGGUGGAGGGGGAGGACGACAGUCAGAAGGAGAAGCUGGUUCUGUCCGAGGACUGUGAGCUCAUCACCAUCGUGGCGGUGGUUCCGGGUCGGCUGGAGGUCACCACACAUCACCUGUACUUCUACGACGCCAGCAGCGAGAAGGAGGAGACGGAAGAGGGAAUUGGUUUUGAUUUCAAGCGGCCCCUGUCUCAGCUGAGAGAGGUGCACCUGAGACGCUACAACCUGCGUCGCUCUGCUGUGGAGCUGUUCUUCAUCGACCAGUCACACUACUUCAUCAACUUCAAGAAGAAGGUGAGGAACAUGGUGUACUCUAGGAUCCUGGGGCUGCGGCCCCCCAACCUCUUCUAUUUCGGCUCCCGUUCUCCUCAGGAGCUCCUCAAGGCUUCUGGACUCACACAGAGAUGGGUAUGCAGAGAGAUUUCCAACUUUGAAUAUCUGAUGCAACUGAACACCAUCUCUGGACGUACCUACAACGACCUGUCUCAGUACCCUGUGUUCCCAUGGGUGCUGAGUGACUACACCUCUCCAGAUCUGGACCUGGAGAACCCAGCCGUGUUCAGAGACCUGUCCAAACCCAUGGGAGUAGUCAACCCCCGUCACGCACAGAACGUCAGGGAGAAGUAUGAGAGCUUUGAGGACUCAACGGGCACAAUAGAUAAGUUCCACUAUGGAACACACUACUCUAACGCUGCAGGAGUCAUGCACUACAUGAUCCGUAUGGAGCCCUUCACUACCCUUCACAUCCAACUGCAGAGUGGCAGGUUUGACUGUGCAGACCGUCAGUUCCACUCUGUAGCAGCAGCCUGGCAGGCUCGCAUGGAGAGCCCCGCUGACGUCAAAGAGCUCAUCCCUGAGUUCUUCUACUUCCCAGAGUUCCUGCAGAACAUCAACGGGUUUGACCUGGGCAGUCUGCAGAUGACCCACAACAAUGUGGCUGAUGUUCUGUUGCCACAAUGGGCCUCGUCUAGAGAAGACUUCAUCAGGAAACACAGGAAAGCUCUGGAGUGUGAACACGUUUCCUCUCACCUCCAUGAGUGGAUUGAUCUGAUCUUUGGCUGCAAGCAGAGAGGGGAGGAGGCGGUUGAGGCUCUCAAUGUCUUCUACUACUGCACCUAUGAAGGUGCGGUGGAUCUGGAUGCCAUAGCCAAUGAGACGGAGCGCAAGGCCCUGGAGGGCAUCAUCAGUAACUUUGGACAGACGCCAUGUCAACUACUCAAGGAGCCACACCCUCCUCGUAUGUCAUCAGAGAAUGCCUCUAGGAGGCAGGCCCGCAUGGACACUCUACCCCCCAACCUGUUUGAACAGCUCGACAAACUACGCCCUUUUAAGGAGGUGGUGUGUGAUGGGAGACCUCUGGUCCAGGCGGUGGUUCCCAGGAACCAGAACCGUUCCUUUAUCAUCCAGGGCUCUGACGUACUGGUGACAGUGAGUUCUAACGGUCUGAUUGGGACCCACAGCUGGCUGCCUUACGAUAAGAACAUCGCCAACUACUUCACCUUCACCAAGGACCCCACUGUGGCCAAUCCCAAAACCCAGCGGUUCCUCAGCGGUCUCUUCGCCCCAGGGGUAGAUCUCAGAACCCAGGUGUUGGUGGUGUCGAACGAUGGCCGUCUGCUGUUCAGUGGAGGACACUGGGACUGCAGCCUCCGAGUCACCCAGCUGGGAAAGGGCAAACUGGUGGGCAGGAUCUGCCGACACAUCGAUGUGGUGACAUGUCUGGCUCUGGACCUCUGUGGUAUCUACCUCAUAUCUGGUUCCAGAGACACAUCCUGUAUCGUGUGGCAGGUUCUACAGCAGGGUGAGUUCUCCAGUGGUCUCUCUCCUCGUCCAGUGCAGGUCCUCUGUGGACACGACCAGGAGGUCACCUGUGUGGCCAUCAGCACCGAGCUGGACAUGGCUGUCUCUGGGUCAAAGGAUGGUACUCUGAUAAUCCACAGUGUACGUCGUGGCCAGUUCCUCCGUACCCUGCGUCCGCCCAGUGAGAGCUGCCUACCUGCCCAGGUCACUGAGUUGCAGGUGGGCAUGGAGGGGCACAUCGUGGUACAGACUGCCCUGGAGGGACGCACUGCUGGAAAGGAGAAGUACUCCCUCCAUGUUUACUCUGUGAACGGCUGUCUGCUGUCGUCUGUCAGCCUGGAGGAAGAGGUGACAGCUCUCUACCUGGUCCCUGAGUACAUCAUCCUGGGGACCCAGCAGGGAAAUCUACACAUCAGACACCUGUGCAGUCUGGCGCUGGCGGUGUCUCCCCUGCCGUUGAAGGUGGCGGUGAGGAGUGUGUCGGUGACCAGAGAGAGUAGCCACAUCCUGGUGGGCCUGCAGGAUGGAAAGCUCAUUGUGGUGGGGGCUGGGAAACCAGAGGAGGUACGUUCGGGUCAGUUUUCCCGUCGGCUUUGGGGCUCAACGCGCCGAAUCUCUCAGGUUUCCUCAGGAGAGACAGAAUACAACCCCACUGAGACUUCUGGGAAGUGAGGGUCGCCAUGAAAACAUACGGAAGGCAAUAUUAUCGUAGCCUGUGAGGUUCACCCGAGGCUUGGUUAUUGGUUGAUGGCCGACACCCAAAUGGCAUCCUAUUCCUAUAUAGUGCCUAUUGGGUUCUUGUCAAGUGCAGCAGUAUAUAGGGAACAGGGUGCCAUUUGGGACACAGACCUUUUUCUACCCACCAGCAGUGGAUUUGCUGGAUCAGAAUGAAGGGAGUAGAGACCCUGGAUGUUGGCGUCAGAAAGCCCACCCAGAACUUUACUGGACUGAUUGACUGUUAAACGGCCUCUUCAACCUCUAUGGGUCCAAACCUUGAUGGGUCCAAACCUCUAUGGGUCCAAGCCUCUGAGCUCUCCGAGAGAGACACGAUAAACCAAGGCUUUUUUUUUCUACAAAAGGGAAAAUAAAAUAUUUUUUGAUUUAGGUGGUUUUAUACUCUAUUUUUAAAAAGGCAUCAUUCCAAAGAUGACUUGUGUUUUGUAGGCAAGAGAGGAGACUCUGUUUUAUGUGGCUUCAGACCCCUUUUACUGGGUUGUUCCAAGGCCGGUUGUGUGGCAAUGGCACCUUGUCUAAAACUCCUUGAAACUUGAAAACUAUUAACGUUGCAAGAGAUUUCCAUGGUGAAGUACCAGUGUAUACCACUAGAGGGUGGGAUUUCUCUCUCUACAUGUGUGCAAUCCUGCUGAAAAUAAAAUGCAAUAACCCGUUUGGAGUGGUCCAGACAGUAUGUGCGGUUUUGUAUUGUCACAUGAUGGAUGGCGAUGUUCACAACAAAUGAAUCACUGUUGCCUUAAAUAGGAGAGAGGAGAUGUUUUAUGACAUGUACGGUAUAUAGCAUCUGUAUGUCACAUUACUGCUUUAGAUGAUUGGUUUGAUUGGUUUUGUGUUCCUGAUGUGUUCCUGGUGUGUUCCUGGUGUGUUGCCUGUAUUGCAUUAAUGACUCAUUUAGUUUGUCGGUGGUCUUCAUCUUCACUCCUGACACAGAUACUAUUUUCCAGCAGAGAAAACCUGACUGUAGCUGAUGUUAUUGUUUCUAACUUGUUGUAACUGAAAAGUGCCUGUCAUCUUUUCCUCCAGCACUGAUUGGCACGAGAUGAGAUGAUCCCCCUCCUUCUUUGGGUCUCUCGUCUGCCAUCUUUCCCUCCCUCCUCCUGCUCUGUCCAUCACUUGUACUCCUGUAGCAGGCCGGUGUUUUACAGUAGCUCCAGUCUUCGUAAGGACCUGCGUGUCCUCGGCAACCAAAUCUGUGUCACUUGUAACUAACGGUCAUAUUGUUGGUAAACUGUUAGACAGACAGCUGUUAGUGUCGUCGUCCAUCAGGGCUAUUUAACCUUUUAUACUGAUAUUAUCUUGUUAUUUUCUGAAGCACUGAGUUGAACCCUUUUGAACUAGAGAUUGCUUGUGUCCCAAAUGGUACCCUUUCCCCUAUUAUAGUGCACUACUUUUGCUCAGGGCUCCGGUCCAAAGCACUGCACUAUAUAGGUAAUAGGGUGCGAUUUGAGACGCAGUCGUGGUGUCUGUAGAACACAUGGGUGGAAAGAUAGACUUGGGCUCCCAACGAGCCAGUAGAGGAAUGUACUUCCUGUGAAAACCCCCCUUUUUUUGCCGUAUGGGUUGGAGAAAGACUAUUGUUAUGCACUGUCAUGUUGGGAUGGGAGAGACGCAAAGGAAGCGUCCCAAAUAGCACCAUGUGUAGUGCACUACUUUUGACCAGGGCCCCAUAUAUGGUGGCAUUUGGGACUCGGUCACAAAGACAAAAGGGAACUGUUGGGGAAAUGCAAUGGCAACAAAAUCGCAUCUACCAGCUAACAUCUCUAGUCUCUACUAACAGACUGCAAUCUGUGAUUGGAUGGAGAGUGAAUUUUGGAGAAAAAGAGAGAAUAUUGCUGUGAUCUUUUCCACCAUUCCGGCUCUCUCAGUAACACUUGAGCCUGGGAACGAGGUUAAUAUUGCUGUAACUUUCAUGGUUGUUUUACUGCGUGUCGCUAUGCUAUGUGUUUAAAAGGUCAAGGGUCACAAUAUAUGGUAAUGCAUUAUUACAUGUCUAUGUUAAUGAUCUGGCUGUGAUGUUGACAGAACUUCUGGGUUUUAUUGAAAAAGGUGUGCCUGAAAUGCCUGCAGAAAUGAUAUGUGUCUGUUUGCUUUAUUGUCUAUUGUCAAUAGUUUCUCUAUUGGCCCUGGUCCAAAAUAGUGCACUAUAUAGGCAAUAGGACCUAUGGAACUCUGACUUGUUUUCAUAAUCAGUUCAUCCACUUUUAACCUCCUGACUGAUCUCUCACCAGAUCUGGGUUCAAAUACUGUGCAGAAUCAUUAAAAAUACUUAUACCUGAA